AUGCGGUCCUCUUCAUUGUCCAUUCUCCUUGGCUGGAUAGCGCAGCACGUCGUGGCUGUGCAAAUGCCCAUUGACAAAGCCUGCGGCGGCGUCUACGGUAUCACCCAGUGUAACUCUCAAUUCUUCACAUACCCUACAACCACAGAAAGGAUCUUAUGCAAGUCGCCCUACCGACUAACGAGGGUCAACACGGAGAGGAUCGAUGUGUGCGAGGCCGUCAAAAGAGCCCUUGGCAGCGGCGACUUUGCGAACCAUGCUUCUAGGAACUGCCAGUGCUUUCCUCAGGCCAUUGACCUUCCCAAGAACGGUCUCUACAAGCCUUAUUAUGAAGGGGCACUUGUAGGAUCCUUGAGCGAUUACUUUUUCCGAUCCAUAUACAGCCUUGAGAGGUGUAUUGCUGACGACGGGAUUAGCAUCAAGACUGACCGAGCGACCGUCAUUCAGAACCAGAUUUCUAAUACUCGUGGCUGGACCGUCGCUCGAGGACCAGACGUUGAUAUGCCCCUGUAUCGCCAGCUCGCCACAGCAAUAGAGCCCUGCCAGCUAGACGGCUGCGAUCCUGUCAAGCUCCGUGACUUCUUUGCGGGUUAUAUCGGUAACGCAGAAGGUAUUACUGAUAGCGAGUUUGUUCGCAUGUUGAAUACUUGGGUGUCUAUUUUUGAGACUCUCAAGAAACAGGUUGCGGCUGUCAAUCAAGCGUCUAGGCUCGUUCAGACUCGCCUCGCUACUGUGAAUGGCAAGGUCAGCUCCACCAAGGCGAGCGUGUGUAAGGGAACCGCUUGCAAGAGCUCGACUGUCACGGCGCACUUUGGCAAGAUCUCUACCAUGCUCUCAACCGUCAAGAGCCUUGGGGCCGUCACUGGUCUUUCGGACAAGGGAAUCAAGAACAUCCCCGGCAUGAUCUCUUUGACCAAGAACUCCCUUUCGUACACCAAAAGCGCCGCAGAAGGAUCCUACUACGUCGAUCUGUUCCAGAACUUCAAGAUGAGCACCCUCCGUGACUUUGCAAAGGCGUUCAAGGUGACCGAGUACUUUCCCCCGGCCGCAGAAAAGAUAAAGAACUCUCUGGUUCCCAUUAGCGACAUCAAGAAGUAUGCUGCACAAGGGCGCACCGGUUUGACGCAGAUUGACUAUGUGCUUGGUGUUCAGUGGCCCAAGAACAAGGAACUCGCAAAAACUGCAGCAGGUCGCAAGGUGCGCGAUGGGUUCAUCAACAUCCAGAAGAGCGUCAAAACCGAGCUCAGGACGCCAGUGUACAACCUCAUCAAGGCCAUUGACGCCCUGCAGGUCACCGUCGACAAGCUCCCCCUGACCAACAAGAAGCUCGAGUGGAGCUUUGGUGCAGCCCCAUACACCCGAUGGAGCGAGCACGAGAUGAAGGUCCCCUGCGCGCAGGAAAAGACACAGACCUUUACGCUCAAUGGAUGGCCUUCAGCUCCCUUCACGUGGGCAGAGGUCACGUCCUGCGAGUGGGGACCUACCAAGAUCCAAUACUCCAAGCACUUCAUCCCUUAUAUCAAGUACCGCUUUGUUUAG